UAUGGCGGCCCUUCCUGAAAUCUGUUUGAAUCGUUAAUCAGGUGAUUUAAGCAUUUUGAGUCUAUUGGCAUAAUUUAAGGCAAGCAAUUUGUAUUCCGCAGUUAGCAAACUUAUUGGGCGCCUCUGUAGUGACGCGUAGAGGUGCAUAGGCGUGCAAUGAUGUGUGUAUCGUGCAAAGGUUCACAGGCAUGGCUGAUGCGCGCAGGGCUCUCGUGGUACCUCAGGAAAUGAGUCAGCUGACGUCUCCUUUCCUCUGGGUGCUUGAGCCGGUGCAGCGAUUAUUCUGCGCAAGCGGCUGGCUGCAGCAGACCCUGAAGUGGAGAAGCUCCGCCCUUCCUGCAGGGGGUGGGCCAGAGCAGCGUGAUUGGCCGGAACGACGAGGCGUGAGGUCACACGUUUCAGGGAACAUCAGGGUCUUCUGAGGCAUCUCGUCGUGAAGAGGGGAGAGAACAUGGAUCUCAGCCUCCUCAAAGCUUUGGAGAGGGAGAAGGUUCUAGAGGUUCUUCAGCGGGAUAAAGUUCUGCGCUCCGUGGAUGACGAACGAGUGAGGAAGCUCAGGUCAGAGUUGCAGGAGAUCCGCCGCCGCGGGGCAGUGAGUGUCAUGAGGCAGUAUGGGGAGCGCAUGUGUGCCAGGUGCCAGCGGCCGCUGGGGCAGCUCUGGAACUGUGGUGCCGUGUGUCACGGCUGCAGCCACCGCAUCUGUGCUGCCUGUCGCGUCGUCUGCAGCAAAAGAAGCUGGAAGUGCACCAUGUGCCACGCCUACAGGGAUUUGAAGAAUAAAUCUGGGGAAUGGUUUCUGGAAGAAAGAGGCAAGAAGUUUCCAGUAGACUCCGAGAAAUACGAAUGCGUUGGGGAAGAACUGCUGAAAUCCUACCAGAGGUUAAGCCACAUCUAUGUGGUGCCUCCCACUCCGCCGCCGUUCGGCAAAGACCCGUCCGUGGGAGAGGCCGUGGAUCUGCAUAAUUCCAAACCCUUCACGAAAUCUGUUGAAAACCUGUUUGUGUCAUUCGCGACUCAUAUAAAAAAAAUAUCGAAGUCCCAGAAUGACAUGUCCGUGGAUCAGGACCUGCUGACGGAGGGUUACUGCAAGAACCCGGCCAGGGAGAGGCGGAGCCAGUCUGACACAGCCAUCAACCAGUCCAGUAUUGCCAAAGCUCCCAGCCUUCGAGAUCUGCCCAAGAAGGUUGAUUCUCUCGAUGGCUACUUGGGGGCAAUGGGUAGCGAUGACAACCUGUCCAUUGGCUCAGGGCAUGCCGGGAACAAAAGAAACAGCACAAGCAGUUGUUGCUCUGAGUUUGCCUACGGCGGCGAGGUAUCAGGGGAGAUCCAGCUCGCCGUGGCCUACAGCUUCAGGAAGUCCAGCCUGGAGAUCACAGUCGGCGCCUGUAAGGACCUGGCGGAUGGAGACCCCAAGAGGAACAAAUGUCACCCAUACGUUAAGAUUUACCUGCUCCCCAUAAAGUUCCCGGCCCGUAAACUGAAGACUAGCGUCAAGAGGAACACGGUGAACCCUGUCUUCAACGAGACCUUUUCGCACAAAAUAGAGCAGCUACAGCUGGACAGGAAGACUCUCCAGGUCUCCGUUUGGCACUCUGGAACCCUGAGGAGGAAGGCUUUCCUAGGGGAGGUUCUCAUCCCCCUACAGGGCUGGAGGUUUGGGGAUGAAAUCACAGAGGCUCCUGUUUGGUACCAGCUGUGCCCCAAGUCAAAGCAGUCUGUAGGGGGCGCUCUGGAGUGGCCCACUGCCAGCCUGCUUGUGAAAGUGAAUCUGGCAUCGCCCACGCAGGAGAGCAGGGUUCAGUGUCAAAGGAACGAGAUACACUUCAGGCAAAAAGACAUCAGUCACCUAACAGUCAUGGUCACUGGAGUCAAAAAUCUCUCUGUUUCAAAGCCUGGGACUGAAACUUUUGUGAAGGGGUGUUUCUCUGUCGCAGAGCACAGGGACAUUACGCAGAUGACACCAGCCAGUUCUCAGUGGGGCCACAAGCUUGUGUUCAGCGACGUGUCCAAGGUGCACCUGCUGGAAUCCUGUUUGGAGCUGGAGUUGUGGGAACACACCCCCUCUGGCCUGGGGGAGCGCCCCUUGGGCAGCACCAGAUUAUCAGGAGAUCUGAUUUGGCAGCAGAUACAACAUGAGCCGAACGGGUGGCACAGUCUGACCCUGCCCAUGGAGGAAGGCGGCUCCAAGGCCAGCUGACAGGGCUCAGCUCGGCCUCACUGCACCCCCUGAGCUCGCCGACAAUCCGGUGUGACUGCCUGCACAUUUCCAGUGGACAAUCUCAAAAAUGACAUCCUCCUCCACUUCAAACCCUAUCAGUCUAGCCACACUCAAUGGCCGCACCUGUUUCAGUGGGUGUGACUACAUGCCGUCAGUCACAAAGCUCCGCCCACUUCUGAUCUUUGUUACUUUAUUAAAAUCAACACCAUUAAAUGCAUCUAGUCAAAAUGA